AUGCCAGCGUCGGCACAUUCACAGACGGGCUUUGUCGAAAUGGCCGCCACCGCCAGCCCCCAAAGCUCCGGAUCACAGUCCCCGCAGACGCAGCGGCGCGAGCUCGAGCUGCAGCGGAAGCGAGCCCGCGACCGCAAGUCCCAGCAGGCGAUGCGAGACCGCACCAAGUGGACGAUACACACCCUGGGCGAGCAGGUCGCCGUCCUGUCCACGGCCCUCGACCAGCGCACGCGGCAGCUGGCCAGCGCCGAGUCGAAGCUGGCCUUUGUCGAGACGGAGAACACCCAGCUGCGCACCCAGAACGCCGCCCUGCAGCUGAGCCUGAUGGGACGCAAUGGCGAGGGCGGCGACGUCGACGGCGCCCUGCCUUCGUCUGUCGUCUCCUCGGCCGCCCACCUUGCUGCUGGCUCGGGGCCUGGCGGGUUUGGGUCGCUGCCCACGCCUGUGUGGGAGCUGUGCCCUAGGAACACUCCGCCGACCUGCCUCGCAGACCACAUCUUCCAGUCCUUCGUCGAUGGCUCGCGCACGGGCGGGGCCCUCACGCCCUCCUCGUCCAACGAGGGCCGGAGCAGGAGUAUCAGCGUCGGCGCCGGCAAGGCCAACCUUCGCCCAAGCCUGAGCUGUCUGAUCGAUCAGAAGAGCCACUCGGACGAUGACGACAUCCACGCCGUCGUGGCCGACGUGCUCAAGACCUACAGGGAGAUUGAGGGGCUGCCGGAGCAGGUCGCCAUAUUCUCCAGCAUCUCCAUGCUGCUAAAGUGGAUGGUCCUCCUCGACCAGCAGAGCUGGGGUCUCCUGCCAAAUUGGCUCCGUCCCACUCAUAAUCAAAUUAGAACCCCUCACGCUGCGUGGAUCGACCGAGUGCCGUGGCCCCAGGCCCGCGAGUACCUGAUCAAACACCCGGAAAUCACGCUCGACGACUGGGCCGCCGUCUACAGCGCCGGGCUCAAGGUCAAUUGGCCGUACGACCCCUCGACGGUGCUGCUGGGCGCGUCAGUCAAUGCGCUGGGCACCUCGGGCAUCACCAUCAACCCCGUCUUCGAGGAGCACCUCCGCCAGCUCCGCCACUGGACCGUGGGCGACGGCUUCCGGAGACGCUUCCCUGAACUUGCCAGGAUCAUUGACCUGGACUGUGGGCCGCUCCCAGCAACCAUUGAAUGCCCACCCAUCCAGCAAAUGUCGCCCACCAGCAGCAUUAGCCUCCCUCAUCCUUCGCCCAAGUGA